AUGUCUCAGGCCGCACGCCCGUCACUGACAGUGGCCCAGGUGGGCAUCCACCAGCUGCUUUCCGGGUUUGCCGAGCGGUCGGACGGCAAGACGUGGGACUUCACGGUCAGCCGCAAGCGGUCACGCGCCAAGGCAGAGCCCAGCAACGACACCGAUGAUGACGAUGACGGCGUCGACGAACAGGAACAAGUGGUCGAUGAGGAGGAAGAAGCUCCCAGCGCGCCCACCACGCCCACCACGCCGACGCCGACGACGACGACGACGCACCGGGCCAAGCGACAACGGAGGGGAGCAGCCAGAGCGAGCCCGUCGUUCGAUGAGCGACAGGACACUGGCGAGUCGGCGGUGACAAAGGGCAGGGGCAAGGCGAAGGCGAAGAAGGUCGAGGUGGAGGAAGGCGACAAGGAAAACAACCACAACCACAACAGCAGCAGCAGCAGCAACAACCGAAACAGAGUUGCGACCAGCACCCGUUCGAGCAGAAGCCGAGGGAGAGUGGCGCAGAAGACGACGCCAAGGAACAGCCGAAGGCGAAAGGAGCUCAAGUUCGAAGACGACGAGGAGCGGCCAGCAGCCGAGACGGAGAAGGAAGAAAAAGUGCGAAGCGACGACGCCCAGGUCGACCAACACGAGCACAGGACGACCACCACCACCACCACCACCGCACAGGCCUACGUGCCCGGGAACGAGCCGCACCAGGGUAGCUACCUUGCUUUCCUGCAGGAAGCGUUCGUGCCGGCCAGCGACCGGCUCUCGGUCUUGGGCGACGACGGGCGCUACGACCCGGCGCGCCUGUACCACAUUCCUCAUCCCGUCGGGCGGCGGCACUCCCAUUCGUUGAUCUUCCCGCUGCUCCACAGCCUCGAGCACCAGCAGCCCCACCAACAUCAGCACCAGCACCGGCACCCCUACGACGACUCCCUGUACGACUACAAACGUUACUCGCACUCGCACGCGGCCGUGGCGCCCACGCCGAUCUUCGCGUCCACGCUCGCCAACAACACGGCGCUCUUCGCACCGCCGCCGACUCCGCCUCCGCCGCCGACCGGUACCUGGUACUCGAUGCUCAUCGACCACUCGAUCCCGGCGCCGCCGCCGCCGCCAGCCCCUCUCAACGUCUUUCAGACUGCCGCUAGCCCACAGCUGACACCGUCCUCCGCGCGGCACUACCACCAUCACUACCCGUCGUCUCCCUCGAUGCCGCUGUCGUCGCCAGAGUACGGCCCGCAGCACUACUACACCUACGGCGGAGAGCGCGCGCCGUCGCCCCACACAACGCUGGGUGGCGGCGACCACCCGUGGGCCUGGCUGUCCGAGGCCGGCGAGGAGCAGAUCCUCCAGUUUCUGCGCUCGACGCCCGCCCAGUCGGAGCCGCAGCCCACUUUCUACCAUCAACAGCAGCAUAGCGGCGCCGAGAUGGACCAGAUGGCGCCCUCGGUAGAGCCCGGCAGGCUACUGCUAGGCUUCGAGUCGGAAUCAGAAGAGGCGCGCAGGGCGAUGGCCAAGAUGAGGAUGAGCCUCGCGCGCCUGCGCGAGGCGGCAGUCGCCGCCGCAUCUCCGAUGAUGUCCUCGUGGGCGACCAACAACCCGCCGUCGGGAUUUGCCACUUCAUUCCCACCGCUCGUCGAUCAUGCGGCAUCUCAGCCGCGAUUCUCCCUCGCUUCGUCGUCGUCUUCGAGAUCGGCUUCACCCUACCAUUUCGGGCGUGCCAGUGGCGGAGCGCUGCCCCACUUUUACGGGGGUGGGCACUGCUCGAUGCCGUCGUCGGCCUCGUCAUCGCAGCCCUCGUCGCCCUACACGGUCGACAUGGAGAUCCCCUACGCCACCACGCUGCCUUCGGUCGACUUGUCCCUGUCCGCCUCUCCGCUGCUCCUGCCGGUCCUCCACACCACCGCCGCCGCGACCACCUCGAUGGCGACCACCACCCGGCCGCGUACCCCGUCGUCGCUGCUCCGCUCGACCACGUCACGUCGACGCCGGAGCCCAACCACGGGGCAAGCCGCGACGACUUCCACCUCAACCGCCCAAACGCCCAAGCGGCGGAAGAAUGCGCCUAAGGCCAACGAUGGCCGAUGA